CACACACACACACACACACACACACGCACACACCACCACCACCACCACCACCACCUCCCCGCAGCCUCGUUUCAUCGUGGCCAGAGACGACUUCCCUGCCGGGCCCCGAAGCCGACAUGCCGCGGAGGAAGCAGCAGGCGCCCCGGCGCGCCGCAGCUUAUGUCCCCGACGAUGAGAAAGAAGUAGCCUUGUUGGACGAGGACCUUGAUGGAGAAGACUCUGCUCAAGAAGGGGAGGAGCCUGCAACCAAGCUCCUAUGUCAGGACAAGGAUUUCCUUUUCAAGGACAGGCCAGAAUCCACUGGGAUUCAUGACUCCCCUAAUGCGGCAGACUUUUCUGGUCAGGACCUGGACAGUGAGUCUCACUUGAGUGAGUCCUCAGACAGAAUGUCUGAUUUUGAAAGCUCCUCAUUGAAAAACGAGGAUGACGUCCUUCUUUCUAAAGACCUUUCCAACGAAUUGUCCCCCUCCUCCUCUUCAGCCGUCAUGGCUGCAACCAAUGCUGCCGCCUCGGUAACCGGAGAUGAGGCAAUAUUGGCUGCAACAAGUUCUGUGGCUGACAGCCUCGAGAAAAUGAAGGCGAUUUACACUUCCUUCCUGAGCAAUUCCUAUUGGUCGACACUGAAUCUGAACUUGAGUCAGCCGCCAGCAGAAAAGCCCCCUCGUAGUCACAGCAGUAGCAGUAGCAGCAGCAGCAGCAGCAGCUGUGGUAGCGGAGGCUAUGACUGGCACCAGUCUGCUGUGGCUAAAAGUCUCCAGCAGGCUUCCCAGAACCACCACAACAGACUGAGCAUGGUGCAACAUCCCACAGUGGCGGUAACAACAGCUUCUACAGAACCUAACCUCUUCAGCACUGUUCAGCUGUACCGGCAGAGCUCCAAGCUCUACGGCUCCAUAUUCACUGGUGCCAGCAAAUUUCGCUGUAAGGACUGCAGUGCUGCGUACGACACUCUGGUGGAGCUCACAGUGCACAUGAAUGAGACGGGCCACUAUCGUGAUGAUAACCAUGAGACAGACAGCGAGGGGGCUAAGCGCUGGUCCAAACCCAGGAAACGCUCCCUCCUAGAGAUGGAAGGUAAGGAAGAUGCACAAAAAGUACUUAAGUGUAUGUACUGUGGACACUCCUUUGAAUCCCUUCAGGAUCUCAGCGUCCACAUGAUCAAGACAAAACACUACCAGAAAGUGCCUCUGAAAGAACCUGUUACACCCGUAGCCGCCAAGAUCAUUUCCUCUGCUCGAAAAAGGGCCCCAGUUGACCUGGAUAUCCCUAGUUCACCCGAUUCUAAUGGAGGCACCACACCGAAGCCAGCCUCAUUCAGUGACACUAAUGACAUUCUGCAGAAGAUUAGCAACCCGUACAUUACACCUAACAAUCGCUAUGGACACCAAAAUGGUGCCAGCUACGCCUGGCAGUUUGAAUCCAGGAAGUCACAAAUCCUCAAAUGCAUGGAGUGUGGCAGCUCACAUGACUCACUGCAGGAACUAACUGCUCAUAUGAUGGUGACAGGGCACUUUAUUAAGGUUACCAAUUCUGCCAUAAAGAAGGGCAAACCAAUUAUAGAGUCCCAGGUCCCACCAUCAAACUCUUCAGUUGAAGAAAAGGUCCAGUCAGUUCCCUUGGCUGCCACAACGUUCUCCUCUCCACCCGCCCCUGUGCCUCCUCCAACUAGCAUCUCACCAAUGGCAAUGGUUGUGGAAAUUAAAAAAGAGGAGAAGGAAGAAGAAUGCACCCAAGAGUCCAACAUUAUCAAUGCCAAUAACCACAACAAAGAUAAGAGGACAGAAGUAGAAGACGAAUCUGAAGAGAAGUUUGAUAUUUCUUCAAAGUACACCUAUCUGACCGAAGAAGACCUGGACGAAAGUCCAAAGGGGGGACUUGACAUUCUCAAGUCCUUGGAGAACACAGUGACCUCAGCCAUCAACAAAGCCCAGAAUGGUGCUCCCAGUUGGGGUGGGUACCCCAGCAUCCAUGCAGCCUACCAGCUUCCAAAUAUAAUGAAGCUCUCUCUUGGCAAUUCUGGAAAGAGCUCUCCCCUUAAAUAUAUGUUUAGUGGUGGGGAGAUUCUCUCCCCUACUGGCAAAAGUCAGCCACUGAUUUCCCCUCCCAGCUGCCAAACCUCUCCACUACCUAAAAAUAACUUUCAAGCAAUGGAAGAGCUAGUUAAAAAAGUGACAGAGAAAGUUGCUAAGGUAGAGGAGAAAAUGAGAGACCCCGGUAUGAUUGCGGGUGAUUUACCUCUGAGGCGAACGACGCCCUCUCCCUGUGUCAGUGAAACAGAAGAUCUAAUCCGAGGAGAGUCGCCCAAAAGAAACACUGCAGAAGACUGUAAAACCCCAGAAAAUACAAGUGUAGGGGAGGUAGAACAAGAUGGAAAGGGAACGAAUGAAAAAGAUUCCAGUAGCAGUGCUUCCACAAAGGAGUCUGGGGAGAAUGGAGUGGAGCCCACUGCUGUAACACCCCCACUGCCUGCCUCUCUGUGUGGCAGCACGGCUAUUAUCACAGACCAUCCACCUCCCGAACAGCCGUUUGUCAACCCUCUCAGCGCUCUGCAGUCAGUAAUGAACGUCCACCUGGGGAAGGCUGCUAAACCUGCCCUGCCCUCGCUUGACCCCAUGAGCAUGUUGUUCAAGAUGAGCAACAGUCUGGCAGAAAAAGCAGCAGUGGCUUCCUCCACCCCACCAGCACACACCAAAAAAGCCAGUAAUGGUCAUUUAGAUCGCUACUUCUACCAGCAACAUUUCAACAACGACCAACCUAUAGAUCUCACUAAAGGGAAAAAUGCUGAUAAAGGAAGUAAUGGUGGUUCUUUGGGUUCAACUACACUUUCUUCUACUAACUCCACCCCAUCAAUUUCUCCCUCUUCUGCUGUCACUAUGACAAAGGCCUCCGCUACGGUAGCUUCCUUCAUGUCCACGUCACCUUUGAGAGAAAAUGCCCUGUCAGACAUUUCCGACAUGCUGAGAAACCUCACAGAAAGCCAAGCUCUGUCCAAGUCCUCCACACCGACCAGUCAGUCUGAGCGCUCUGACAUCGAAGGUGCCACACAAGAGGAAAUCGAAGAUGUUUCACCUGCUCAGAAGCGCAAAGGCCGCCAAUCCAAUUGGAACCCUCAACACCUCCUUAUAUUACAAGCCCAGUUUGCUUCCAGCUUGAGGCAAACAAAUGAUGGCAAAUACAUGAUGUCUGACCUGAGCCCACAGGACAGGAUGCACAUCUCCCGUUUCACAGGUCUGUCAAUGACUACAAUAUCCCACUGGCUGGCCAAUGUGAAGUAUCAGCUGAGAAGAACUGGUGGCACCAAGUUCUUAAAAAAUUUGGAUUCGGGCCACCCAGUGUUCUUCUGCAGUGACUGCGCAUCCCAGAUUCGCUCACCGUCCACUUACAUCAGUCACCUGGAAUCCCACUUAGGCUUCCGUCUUCGCGACCUGGCAAAACUUUCCGGGGAGCAGUUGCUCAGUCAAUUAUCGCAGCAACACCAUCACCAACAUCAACGCCACACCAAAGGACUUUCUGAAAAACUCUUCUCCAAUCUCCACCUAUCCAGCCACCCGCUGCCAUCCUCCCUCCCAACCUCUGUACCAGUAUCACUACCGAUCUCGCUCUCCUCAUCCUUAACAACGUCUAUGCCGUCAACUGAAUCUCCAUCUUCCUCUCCUGAUGAUGAUGAAAGCGGCGCGGUCUACCAGUGCAAGCUGUGCAACCGGACAUUUGCGAGUAAGCACGCUGUUAAACUUCACUUGAGCAAGACACAUGGGAAAUCCCCCGAGGACCAUCUGAUGUAUGUGUGUGAGCUGGAAAAACAGUAGCACUGGCUUGGAACGAUGCAAGACUUUUACAAUGCAGCUCAACCUACUGCUGUGCCACUCUUUUGAGUUAAAACUAAUGAAACUGCACAAAGAUGCCAUUAAACUACUGCUAAGAGUGUUGGCACAUUGUUUUGUUUUUGUUUUUUAAACUUGAGUUUUUUUUUUUUGUUUCUUCUUGUUUGAGUUACAUGUGAGGAAGACCUACUGCAGUCCGAAUCUCUUGAUUUAACCUCUCUUCUCUGACUAAAAUAGAUUCAUACUUGAAGCAUUUUUAACUAAAAAGAUAAAGUUAAAUGAAAGUAUAAAAUAAAUUCUAAAAUGGCAAAAUGAGUUUUUUCUCUAUUUAAAAGAAAUUAGGUUUAUUGAUAUUUUGGCUAAGCUGCAUGCAUAUCAGUAAAACAAUUUUGUUAAAUAUUUUAUACCUACAUCUGGUGCAAUUUGUAUGUUUUGUGUUUUUGAACUCCUGUCUGCGUGUUUUUUUGUUUUGUUUUGUUUUGUUUUAUCCAUGAGUCAACAUUUAAAAUCAAACCUUGUGCGUACUUCAAAAGAUAAAAAUAUAAGAACUACUGUACACUGUUUUUACAUUGCUUGUUUUCUAAACAUCCGCAGUGAUGAGUGUGAAAUCCCAAAGUUUAUUAAAAAGAGGAUUCUUAUCUAAGUGUCAGAAUUUCACCCGAAGCUUAAUUUUUUUUUUUUUUUUACUGGAAAAUGCUAACAGGUCUUAAUACAAACAUUGUAUGGAGAAGAAAUAAAAUGUAAUAUUUUGCUUUGAUUGAUCAGGGACCUAUAUAAUUCAGGUCUAUGUACUAUAUGUAAAUAAUAAUAAUAAAACAUUCAGUUAAUUCCUGUUUAAAUUAUGCAUCAUUUCUAUAUUUUUUAAGUUAAAAGGAUUAUGACUAUUUGCUAGUGCAUACUAUAUGAAGACAAACUUGUUUUGCACAAUAGUUUUAUAAAUGUGUUAUGUAUCUGAAAACACAACAAAAAGGGAGGUAAAAGUGCAAAUGUUUUUAUUCCCAGCUCAUGCUCAAAAAAUUAAAAUGUUCUUUUUUUUGAGGAAAAAAAGAAAAGAUCUGAAACUGCUCUACACAAGCCCCCUGUGUGAACACUAAAAAUAUUAAAAGUUGUACAAAAAAAAAUCUUACUUUACGAAUAUAUUUCCUGUAUAAACUGUUAUUUAAAAGCACUCUUGGUUGUUUCAUAUUGUUGAAUGCCUAUUUGAUUGGUCCUACUUUUUUUUUGUUCUGUCUAAUUACUCUGCAGUGAUUCCACACUGCAGCUUUAUCUUUUUGCGAUAUGAAAGGUAACCAUGGUUACACUAACCUCUUGAGUGACAAGUUCUGCUACAUUUUUUGGCAGUUCAUUUGCUGAAGUAACUGACAUCUGCCAGAGAAAUAAUAAUAAUAAUAUAAAAAAAAGUACUUAUGUGUAAAAUAUCGGCAUGUAAACAGCACAGACACUGUUAUGCAUUCUGUGCUGUUUGUCUCUCUCUCUCUCUUUCUCUCUUUUCCAUUUCAUUCUUUGGUUUUCUGUUGUUGUUGUUCUUGACAAUGAAUCCCCAUUAUAUGACUUCGUAUAACCUUGUUUUCUACUGCAGCAUUAAAAAAGAAACUGUUUUUUG